CUCAUAAUGCCACUGAAUAGUUUUCCAAAAAUGUGAAAACUAAUAUGUAUUUUUUUGAUUUUAAUAUGAACAGAAAAGUUAACUUUUUAAAACUUUAAAAAAAAUGCUUUUUCUCGAUUGUUCAACCAGAAACACAGUGCAGGUACCGUGCAAAGUUCAAUUGAAAACAAUAAUGGCGGACAGUUCAGCGUCGAGUGCUGCUGGACCUAGUUCUCAACAGCCAGAAGACGAUUUAAGUUUACCACGAGCGGCUGUCAACAAAAUGAUCAAAGAAAUGGUGCCAUUCAUUAGAGUUUCAAAUGAUGCUAGAGAACUUGUUCUUAACUGUUGCACAGAAUUCAUUCAUUUAAUUGCAUCAGAGGCAAAUGAGAUAUGUAAUAAACAGACAAAGAAGACAAUUUCCCCAGAACAUGUAAUUGCUGCUUUAGAGAGUCUGGGUUUUCAGAGCUACAUCCAAGAUGUUGAAGGUGUUUAUCAACAAUUUAAAACACAAGCACAGACUCGAAAAAAGAACAACAAGCUUAAAAACCUAGGCGUAUCCGAAGAAGAACUUUUGCGGCAACAACAAGCAUUAAUUGCUCAGGCACGAGCUGAACAAGCUCAGGAAGAGUGGGUUCACUUACAGCAACAAUGUUUUCUCCCUACUUCCUCAGGCGCUGGUACAGUUCAAAUGCAAAACAUGCAUACGCUGCAAGUACAUUCCGAAAAUGGAAUCAAUUCUAUUGGACAGCAUUCUUCGAUGGACUACACACAUUGCCUCGACAAGAGUAUGAACAAUUCAUUUGUAUCAAAUGACUCUAACGAAAAUGUUCACGCGCUUCAAAACGGACUUAAUCAUUCUGAUCCUCUUGGUAACACGUGACCUAAUAAUGUGACUAGUUUUGAUUAGGUGGAAAAAGUGUAACCAUACGCUCUCUGGUUGUUUAUGAGGUCCUUUUUAGGCGUUAAAAUAAUACUAACGUUUUAGCAUGCAGUUUGCAUUGUUGCAGUGUUUCAUGUAUGAUAUGGUAUCUUAUUACACGAUGUUUUGUAGAUUUGGUUUAAAGAAUGCUUCUCAUUGCAAUAAUUUUAUCAAACAUGCGAAAUCGUUGCGGUAUUGAAUGCAUUUUGAUUUAUCUUUUUCAUCAAGAUUGUUUAAUAUUUCA